CGCAAAACACCGACGACGUUUGCAGAGAUGACAAACAAAUGUUCUGGACUUGAGCGCGUCCCUCGUACAGAACCGACUCCGCACAGAUGGAAUGCGGCUUCUACUGAUUUCCAAUGCCCGCUUCUUCCUGCUCGAUGCAAUCAGCGAAACCCAGUCGAACAAUUCAUUAGAUGAAGAAUCUUCGGUCUGACCGCGGUGUGACUGAAAUGGACUUUCAUGGUCCGUCUAUAUAAAGGCACACGUACCCAGCAACCUGACUGCCAGGACCGACCCAUUCGUGAUCCUCAUUACAGCCUCUCGCUGCGACACUCCCUCCUCUUAAUCUCACACGUCCCUUGAGCAAUGUCGCGCACUCUCCUCGUCACUGGUGCUACUGGUAAACAAGGCGGUUCUGUAAUAACUGCAUUGCUUGCCGCCCAGGCCGAUUUCAAUAUUCUCGCCCUUACACGAGACGUCUCAUCACCCUCGGCGAAGAAGUUGGCAGCCAGAUCCACCAAGAUCACACUUCUAGAAGGCAACUUGGAUGACACAGAUGCCGUCUUCAAGAACGCCAGCAAGGUCGCGACUUCGCCUAUAUGGGGUGUUUUCAGCGUUCAAGCCCCUGCAAUGAACAAAACGGGACCGAUCAUCGAAGAGAAGCAAGGCAAAGAUCUUGUGGAUGCCGCUCUUAAGAACAAGGUUAAGCAUUUCGUCUACUCCUCUGUCGACCGCAACGGACUCAAAUCGAUCGAGAACCCCACCGAUAUUCCCCAUUUCAUGAGCAAGCACAACGUCGAGCUCCAUCUGUUACGCAGAACUACUGGGACUGACAUGGGCUGGACCAUACUCCGCCCUGUCGCAUUUAUGGAGAACUUUGACGGCGGUCUUGUUGGCAAAAUCUUUGCCUCGUGUUGGAAAUUGGUUGUGAAAUCUCGACCUCUUCAACUGAUUGCGACAGCCGACAUUGGAGCAUUUGCAGCCAAAGCGUUCACCGAUACCAAUAAAUUCGUUGGCAAGAGCAUCUCGCUCGCAGGGGAUGAGUUGACGUACGAUCAGAUGGCUGCGGUAUUCAAGGAGAAGACUGGGUCAGAGGUGCCCUUGGCUGCUGGCAUCCUGGCAAGGAUGACGCUGUGGCUAUCGAAGGAAAUGGGCACCAUGUUUGCCUUCUUUGAAAGAGAAGGCUUACUGUGGAGCCAACGAGGCUUGAUUAUGCCACUCACGUGCCUGGGCGAUGGCAAAAUCCACAAGCUGGCCUUUGCGAGCCGUCUGAUUCAAUCAUAUCUAGACUUUAUCAGCUUCGUAUUCCUCAUUAUUCAAAUCGAGGCAGUGCCUGUCAAUAUGACGCCACGUUUCUCUUGUCUUGCAUGCAAGGACAAGAAGCAAAGUUGUGAUCGCGCCCUACCCAAAUGCUCCCGAUGUUCUAGGCAAGGCUACAACUGCAGCUAUCCGGACAAGAGGAAAACAGCGACAGGCAAGCGCAAACAGGUUCGCGAUCUCGAAGCCAAAUUAACGCUGUUGGAAGCUCGAGUCGAUAGAUCUCACUCACGGGCUGGCCAUGCAUCCGGUCAAAACACAAGCCCACACGCCGGAGACGAAUCGCUACCGCCGCUACCUGAGACUUGCUUAGCAGGUGGUAGAAGCCCUGGGCAUCUUGGCAGUCUACAGGACGAUUCCACUAGGGUUGAUGCUCUAACGUCGAAUGAAGCUGCAGCUACUGACGGCAUCGCUGGUGAUCCUCCAGUGACUUCCGAAAUGAUGAAAUUGUAUUUCGAAAAAAUGAACCAUGCAACACCCAUGAUUCAUCGAUCACGCUACGAAACGUGUGUUGAGUUGUCCAGUGCAAACCAGCCGCCCAUGUGCCUGCAGUACAUUGUUUGCGCAACAGGGGCAAGUCAUGGGUCAACUUGCCAGCCUCUCGCCAUGCCGCUCUAUCAGCAGGCCAGGGCAUAUGCGGAAGCUGACGAGAUGGAUGAUGAAGGUCAGCGUUCCUUUGACCUAGCUCAUGUCCAGGCUUGGCUCUUGAUUGCAAACUUCGAGGCGCGCAAAGGUCUUUUCUCACGGGCAGCCGUCAGCCUGGCUCGGAGUAUCCGCAUGGCCCAAAUGCUAAAUCUGCAUCAGGGACGAAGGAAUGACGAGACGGAGACCCUCCCUCCUCGCGGUUUCGGCUCAUCGCGCGACUGGAUUGUACUGGAGGAGUGUCGCAGGACUUGGUGGUGCUUAUAUGUUUCGGAUAGGCUUCUCUUUGCAACUUCGAGCCUGCCUUCAAUCAUUGAUAGUACGCAGGUACAUGCUUCUCUCCCAGCUUCUGAUCAAGCGUUUCAGAGUGGAUGUCCAGAGGAAACAAGUACGUUGCAACGCGUGCUGCAUGGCCCAGAUCGUGCAUGCUCGCUCCUGGCUCUGAGAGUACUAGCAGCAUCUCUUUUCCAUCGUACCGUCUAUCUUUCCGGCUCAAGGAAAACAGAAGAUGGCGACAAUGCAAACGAUGAAGCUUACUGGGGCAUCCAUAAGACUAUUGAGAAUGAGCUAAUAUCCUUACAAUCUGCUAUACCUGAAAGCUUCAGGCUGCCACACGGCCUCAAAUGUCAGCACUCUGUUUUCAUACAUGUCUUGAUACAAAUGACCAUACUUUCUCUUUACAAACCAACGAUGCAGAGCGCCCAAGGCGGCAAUAGACGUAACUCAUCAUAUAUCGCCAAUCCAAGCUGCAAGCACGUGGGGAAUGCAGUCCUGCACAUUGUCAACAUCUUCAAAUCGAUGGAGGAUAUUAACACGGCCUUGCAAAAUCCCAUACAGAGCUACGCUGUACAUACAGUCGCCUUGGUCUUGUUAUCUAAUUCGGAUAUUGGUCAAGAGGAAGCAUCGAAAGUCGCCAGUGCUAAAUUCCUGCAGCGAUCUUUACGGCAAGCUGGUAAAACUUCACCUAUUGCACUUUCUUUGAGUGAGCAGCUGGAGAUGAAACUCGCUGAUAGAGAUGGCCUGAGUUGAUGGCGCAGCAAGGCAAGGAUUCGGCCAACGUGUUUUGACAGCCACCUAUAUCGCUGAGAUCGUUAUCUUACGGGACAAGUCAAGCCACCUACUAGGUCUGGAGAGGUUGGAAUUCAAUAGAGAGCCAGAAAUAGGCUGCAGGAGUUCAAAGCUAUAAUAUAGGUAGGAGUUAAUAUAUAAGCGAAGUCCCCGUGGGGACAAUUAUCU